UGGCGGCGCAGGCGUCAAGGAGCGCAGGCGCGGGGGCCACCCCUCGGACCCCUGGGGCGGGGGAGGGCCUGACCCGUUAGCCUCCAAGCGCCGAGCCCCGGAGCAGGCGGGCGGGGCCAAGCGGUGCUAGCUGCACGGGCGCACGUGACGUCCGCGGGGGUGGGUCCCGCCGCGGCGCAGCAUCUGUUCAGAACUUCCUACCUCUGCCAUCUGAGAGGACGGCUGGGCCAGAGCUGGGCAGACGGUCACCCUAAGGAGCAGAACAGAAAGUUGGAGACUGAGGCAAGUAGAAAUGUCUUUCCUCCAGGAUCCGAGUUUCUUCACCAUGGGGAUGUGGUCCAUCGGUGCGGGGGCCCUGGGGGCAGCUGCCUUGGCCCUGCUCCUGGCCAACACAGACGUGUUUCUGUCCAAGUCCCAGAAAGCGACGCUGGAGUAUCUGGAGGACAUAGACCUGAAAACCCUGGAGAAGGAACCAAGGACUUUCAAAGCAAAGGAGCUCUGGGAAAAGAAUGGAGCUGUGAUUAUGGCUGUGCGCAGGCCUGGCUGUUUCCUCUGCCGAGAGGAGGCUGCCGACCUGUCCUCCCUGAAGCCCAAGCUGGACGAGCUGGGAGUCCCCCUGUAUGCAGUGGUGAAGGAACAAAUCAGGACCGAAGUGCAGGACUUCCAGCCUUAUUUCAAAGGAGAAAUCUUCCUGGAUGAAAAGAAAAAGUUCUACGGUCCCCAAAGGCGGAAGAUGAUGUUUAUGGGAUUUGUCCGUCUGGGUGUUUGGUACAACUUCUUCCGGGCCCGGAACGGAGGCUUUUCUGGAAACCUGGAAGGCGAAGGCUUCAUCCUUGGGGGAGUUUUUGUGGUGGGAUCAGGAAAGCAGUGUAUCAUGAACAUCUCCUACGUCAUUACGUAUUCUUCCUCAGUAUCUUUCAUGGCCGCAUACUGCUUCGUUAGACAUGGAGAUAGUUUCCUCAUCUGCUUCCCGGUAGUCACCUCCGUGUGGUGCGACGUUACGAGUUUUUUAAAGUCUUUAUAAAUAAUGGGCAUUCUUCUCGAGCAUCGGGAAAAAGAAUUUGGAGACAAAGUGAACCCAGUUUCUGUUCUGGAAGCUGCUAGGAAGAUCCAACCCCAGACUUCAGCCGCAGAGACAAAGUGAUGGUGUGAAACUGCCCCGCUCAGGGAUAACUGGGGGCACUCGCCGGUGUCCUGGGAUGUGUUGUGUCUCCACUCAUGUCCCCGGAGAGUUAGAAGUCUACUCAUGCCAUAUUGUCAAUAGAGAUCAUUAAUGUAGUUUAAUACCAUGCUCUCUUAGGCCCAAUAAGGCAAAAUAGCCUCCAGACAAGAUUGAUAAGAAUCUAAGAAACCAGUGAGGGUAAUUUCAGCUAAAACCUGGAAAAUACGAGGCUUAGCCUUGACUGCUGCACCUCCUUACAGCGUACGUGGUGUGAGUGCCGUUACUGGAGAUAGCUUUUACUUUCACGUCUUCAAAAAUCUAAGAAAAGUUGAUGAUUGACUUGAAGAUUCAGGAUAUGAAGGUUUGGGGCUUGUGUGUUCUCUAUUAAUGACCUAUUAGUACAACGUUAAGGUAAUACGCAAAGGAAUUGGCGGGUUCCAGAUGGCUUACUAAAAGUAAAUUAUCAAGUGAAAUCUAUUUUUUCAUUGUCUUCCAUUCUAACCUCAGAGGUUUGUUUUUCUAGAAGAAGUGAUCAUCUCUGGCUCUAAUAAAAUGAUGUAUCAGAAAUUGCCUGUAAUACAAGUUUUUCUGAUAAAACUAACAAUAAAAAUAUUUACCAUAA